UCGUGUAGUGAAGUGCAAUGUAGCAUCGAUUUGCGUGAUCUCGAUUGUGGUGUGCGUAUCGAUUUCAGAGACAAGGUAAUAGGGUUGGGAAAUCGAGGGUCGAAAUUUUACAACGCGGACAUUCAUGCAUAAAUCGGACACGAUGAUAACCGAAGGCGGUGGAGUGAGGGCGGAGGCGCCAUGAGCGCGGGCGUGCGCACCGCCGCGGGCGACUCCACGCCCGGCUCUGACGGCGAUCGCAUCACGCGCCUCUUUCCCAAGUGCCGCCCGAAGAAUAUGCAGCACCACCACGAUAGACUGAAUACUGCCAUAGAGGGUCGGGAGCUCCACAACAUGAACAACGUGUCAUCAGACGAGGACCGGGAGAAUGACGUGCAGCCCGUCAUUGUUAACUCCAAGGGUGCCUACAAACUGAGGGAUUCUAGAAUUAUAGAAAUCGCCGGAGGGAGGGAACUCUACUCACAGAGUCGGACAAAAGCGGUGAGGAAAUUACGCCACAAUAACACUCAUAAGCACAACUUGAGGAACAAAAUAAGAUCUAUCAGCAAAGAUGCUGUUGACUACGGAGAUACCAUCACGAACGAGAUAUCCUUACACAGGAUAAACAGUGAACCCAAAAAGAUGAUAUCGAGACACACAUCGCCUACAUAUACGAAUGGUGAUCAAAUUCUAGAGCAAACAAUGGGAAUACCGAAAAACAGUUCUCCAAUACUCGACCCACAUAAGAUUGCUGAUGUCAGCGCUAAAAGCAGUCCCAUAGCGGUGGUAGCUGAUGGUGAAGUUGUUGUUUUCGAUGACAAUGACGAUUGGAAAGUUAUAUUGAAUUCUGUGUCUCUAGGUUUGAGGACGGAACCAGACGCUAGUGAUGAUGAAAUCGAUAUGAGUGUUAAAAGGACUUUAGACAAUUUGAAAAAUGGUGAUAGUGAAAUGCACAAUAGGAGUGAAAGUGAUGGCAGUGAUUCGAGUCCUUCGAGAGAUGACGUCAGAUUAAGUGAUGCCAGCCCCACCGGUGUCUGGCUUUCUGGGGAUGAAGACAAGAACAGGGUUACUAGGGUGAUAGGUGAAUUACCGAUAGCGGAAUACGAAGGAUCCCCGAGACGAUACGGGAUUGGGACUCAAAAAGCCCAUGUUAGAUCGCCGAGACCUGGAUUUCCGCAGCGAAUAAUCACAGAGAGCAGAAAUGAAACUCCUCCACCAAGCUCAACAGCAUUUGAUUAUUUGUAUGAGUUCUCGGAGACAAGGAAGGUGCUGGAGGAAUUCUUCAGAUGUCCACAGCAACAGAAUUCAAAUGAUGAAAUUGUUAAUUUUCAAGAACUAGACUACGAGCUCCGCCGUCAGACGCAAGAUUGUCCAUCCGAGAACGGUAUAGAGGGGAGCGACGUGGAGUGGCCGCUCGCGGACACGCUGCACUCGCCGCACACUGCGCACAAUCACACCAACUUCCUUGGCCUACAGCAACAGCGCGGGCGCUACAACGCGCCGGACAUGUCCGCACUCCGCGCCACGCACUCGGCGGCGGCGGACGCGUGCGAGCCGCCCGACGUCGACAGCGUGUGCGCCUCGCCCGCCGUGCGCGACGCGCUCGCGCUCUCCUCCGCUAGCGACACGCCUAGCGACCUCUCGCUCGCACUCAUGGAGAACGAGCUGAGCGAGAUGAAAGUACAAAUGGAGCUGAACCGCGUGGUGGGCGCCCACAUGCCCGUGGUUGAAGAUGGUCUCUCGUCCGGACAUGUAUCCGACAGUGACAAUAAUAACCAGAUAUUAUCUAUACCGGCUCAUUCGCCGAUGAAGAUAGAGGAAAUCAUCGAUAGCGGGACAAAUACAGAUCCCCACUUGCUAUCUGACGCGGACUUGCAUUCUUUGGACCCGUUGGCGUGCAGCUCGGCACCGCCACCGCCGGCGCCAGCCCCCCACCGGCCGCUGGAACACGCGCACGCGCCGCACGCGCCGCACACGCCGCACACGCCGCACGCGCUCUCCCCGCACGCGCACGCGCCGCACGUGCAGCACGUGCCGCACACACCGCAUGCGCAUACGCCGCAUGCGAUCUCGCCGCAUGCGCACACGCCGCAUCAUCACCAUGCACACGCGCAGCACCAUGACGACGUGUACCCCAGGAAACGGCCGACAUCAGCUCAGAGCAAUGAAUCUGUUGAAAUCAAACCUGCGAGUGGCGAUGAAGACGAAGCAGACACGGAUCUCGAGACGGACCGACUGCUCGGACAGCAGAGGACUGACGACCAAGGAUUCUUUGAUGACAAAGGCUGGCGCAAACCAAAAUCGAGGACGGUGAUGCCCUCUGUGGGGUCAACGGGAACUAACAGGGAGUCGCACGCGCAUGAAAACAACGAUCCGAGGGAUGAUGAUACACUUCAUAAUGGAAAGGAUAAAGACGCAAAGAAAAAGAGUAAAAAUAAAGAAGAUAUCGCCUCAGUGCUGAUCGAAGGCGUAUUAUUCCGAGCGAGAUAUCUCGGCUCCACGCAACUUGCCUGCGAGGGACAGCCAACCAAAGCAACCCGGAUGCUGCAAGCUGAAGAAGCGGUAUCUAGGAUUAAGUGGGGCUGCGAGGGCCCGUACAGCGGCGUGUACGCGGCGCCCGCGGCGGUGUUCCGCCUCGCCUUCCUGGGCUCGGUCGAGGUGGACGAGGACUCGAGGCGCCGGAAACGACGCCCCAAAAAGAACAUGGUGGAAGAGGCGGUCACUAAGAUCAAGGCUUUGGCUCCUGAGGGUGAGAACCAACCCAGCACAGAGGUAGAUUUAUUCAUAUCGACGGAGAAAAUAAUGGUCCUGAACACGGAACUAAAGGAGAUCAUGAUGGACCACGCUCUGAGGACCAUCUCGUAUAUCGCGGAUAUCGGCGACUUGGUGGUCCUCAUGGCGAGGAGACGCUUCGUGCCGCACGAGAGCGACUCCGACCAGCCGAAACUGAACCGUACUCCCAAGAUGAUAUGUCACGUUUUUGAGAGUGAGGAGGCCCAAUUCAUCGCCCAAUCAAUUGGCCAAGCUUUCCAAGUGGCGUAUAUGGAGUUCCUUAAAGCAAAUGGCAUAGAAGACCAUAGCUUCGUUAAGGAAAUGGAUUAUCAGGAAGUGCUCAACAGCCAAGAGAUAUUUGGAGAUGAGUUGCAAAUGUUCGCUAAGAAGGAGUUACAGAAAGAGGUGGUGGUGCCGAAGAGCAAGGGCGAGAUCCUCGGCGUGGUGGUGGUGGAGUCGGGCUGGGGCUCCAUGCUGCCCACCGUCGUCAUCGCCAACCUCGCGCCCGCCGGCGCCGCCGCGCGCUGCGGACACCUCAACAUUGGUGACCAAAUAAUCGCCAUCAACGGGGUGAGUCUGGUCGGUCUCCCGCUGUCCACCUGCCAGACGUACAUCAAGAACUCCAAGAACCAGACCGUGGUCAAGCUCACCGUGGUGCCGUGUGCUCCUGUCGUCGAGGUGAAGAUAAAACGACCAGACACCAAGUAUCAGCUGGGUUUCAGUGUCCAGAAUGGAGUGAUAUGCAGCCUGCUGCGCGGCGGCAUCGCGGAGCGCGGCGGCGUGCGCGUCGGACACCGCAUCAUCGAGAUCAACUCGCAGAGCGUGGUCGCCGUGCCGCACGAGCGCAUCGUCAACCUGCUCGCCACUUCCGUGGGGGAGAUCCUGAUGAAGACAAUGCCCACAUCCAUGUUCCGACUGCUGACCGGCCAAGAGAACCCCGUGUUCAUAUAACGCGAAGUGCCUGCUCUCACCGCUGACUUCACCGCGCCUCGUCCAUUCGCUUGGACACUAGAUAAUAUUUCAAGCCAUUUCUAUAGUCCCGAAUUCACGGACAUAACGUAGAAAUAUUUUAACGCUGGAUUGCUAUACAUUGGUCCUUCGAGGCUUUGUCGAGCUAAACAAUUGAAAUUCGGUUUUGAAGGAAAUGCAUUUGUAAUUUUGUAUCGAAACCUUAAUCAAAUGAGGUGACGCUUGCAAUAAAAUUUGAAAUAAACACAAUAAAAUUAUAAAACUUGUUUAUGGUAAUACAUCUGUAUUUGCUUAACGGCAUCCCAUGACAGGAUAUUAGAAAUAUUAAACCUGAAAAAAACACGUUUUGGGGAAUUACCAGCAAGCGAUUUAGGGUCGUAAAGUGAAGCUGUGCUAUAAUACUCAAAUCAAAGGCUAUACAAUGUGAUGUCUUACUUCGGAUCGCUUAUGCUUAAGUGGUUAAGACUAGAUGUAAGUUGUAUAUUUAGUCAGGUAAUAUUUGCUAUCAGUAUCGUUUUUAUUUUUGACAAAAAAUGACAAAUUUUCAAUUAUUGUAAUAGAACUUGCCUGUGUUUGUCUUGCCGAGAUUUAAUUGAAUAUAAUUUAUUUUUCUUUUUACUAUAUUUUUGUAGCAUCACAGUAAAAGGAGCAACUCAUGGACAUGGUUAUAUCUUUAUUGGUAGCAAAUAUAAUCAUGAAAAUUAUCAUAACAAAUGUAUACAUACAUAUUAUUCCAUUUACUAAUUUAUUAUACGUAUAAAAUGUGAAAAACUCAUAUCUGCUUAGAUAUUAUUACUAUAAGUGUCAUAGUUAUGCUAUAUUAUGUUAUUUUCCUCUAAUCAAAUUUGAUGCCAUUUUUGCCGCGAAUGUUUAUGUAAAUGAAUUUUUGUUUAAAAUUAUUGGUUGUAUAAUAUUUUGUUGUUUUUUUUUUAUAUUUAGUCAAGUCAACGAUUGCCAUAUUAAUCUAAGUUAUUUAAAAUUAUCAUCAUUCCAUUGCUAUUUUCUCUUUUAAACUCCCUCACCGUGCACCAUAGUUCAAAUAAGUUCAGAUUUUAAAUGUAUAGCUAAUGUAGGAUGGUUGUGUCUUGAUACUCGCAGACCCUUAAAGUAUCAAAAGUGUCCGCGACUAUAUCGAGACCGUGAAUCUCAAGUGAUCAUUGAUAAAUAAAGAAUUGAUUAGCGGAUAGUAUUAAUGAUACAUUAUUUCGUGUAGCGUUUCAAAAGAUAUGUCAUAUUUUGUAAAUUUUAUAGUGUGGCUAUAGCAU